CUAAUUUUUCGCUGUUGCUAUUUAAUUUCAUAAAUUCCACCCUCUCUCUAACUCGUGAAACAUAAUUCAGUUCAACUUAUAUUAGUAUUUGUCUCGUGCCAUUUACUAUUACAUUUGCUGCCAAAAACUGGGAUCUUCUGCAGGCAUUGUUUGAUUGUGUGAUUGUUGGUGGAAUAGCUGAGGAUGAUUAUUGGCUGUGAUUAUUAGAAGUGGUUUAAAAUAGUGACUAGUUUAAUUGAGGUGGGAGAUACCAAACCUGUGAGUUGCAUUAACAGUGACGACAGGUUUGGAAAUGGCUGUUGCCGGUUUACGCAAUGUUCCGGAUUUUGCUCCUCGGUCCUUCAUCGUUGAGUCGCAGAAAAGAGAUUCAGGCAGAUGGGAUGAUGACCGUUGUAGGCGUAGCACAAGGGCAUCCACGCUCUUGCAGAUGUGGCGGCAGAUUGAAGGCGAACAUGUCUUGAGUGAAUCGUACAGGUCAAGGCUACAGAGCAACGGUUCUGAUUCGGAGUGCAGAAGCAUACGCACGUCUGUCAGAGAUGGGAGUGAGAACGGUGAUGCUUUCUCUCCAGUUUCUUAUGAGUCUGAAAACCAAGCCUUUAGUGGUUCAGACACCGAGCAUGAUGAUGAUAACAGUGUGAUAUCAGAGCAAUCUAGUGAGUUGGGAGAAGUUGAAAGGGAAAGGGUGAGGCAAAUUUUUCAAGGGUGGAUGAAUAGUUGUCCUAGGGGUGAUCCAUCUUAUGGAUCCAAACGUAAAAACCGUGCACCACAAUGCGCCAGUGGUAUUGAAUCUGAAAGGGUAAAAAUUCUCUGGGAACGGGCAGAAAAUACUACUCAGCCGAGAAGUCUCUGCACCUCAUCUGGAGCGGGAGCAGCUGAAUUUGGGUCUCAAACUGUCCAUUCAAGUGGUGGUUUGGUAGUUAAUCAUCCAGAGAUUGGUGCACGAAGGCCCCUUCGUAGGUUAUGUGGGAGACAAACUCUUCACGACCUUCUCUUGAAGACUCAAAGCGAAAGAAAAAGAGAACUUCUAAGCCUGUCAGAGCAGAAACCCGUGUCUGAUUUUGCUCACCGUAAUCGCAUUCAGGCACUUCUUAGAGGUAGGUUCCUAAGAAAUGGACUAGUGGGGGAGGAAAGACCUUCUUCAAAGGCUGCCACCGAACUGGGUUUUCUUAGACAAAGACAAACAGUUUCCGACCUUAGGGAAGGAUUCCUCUCCAAGUUGGACAAUACUGGUUCUGCUGUAGUAAAUAGUUCUGGGUGUGAUUCUUGUUGUAAUGAUGGAAAUAAGAGCGAAGCUGAGUCUGCUUGCAUUGAAAGGGGAGAUACUGGAAAUCAGAUUGCUGCAGACUUGGAAGGUACCACCGCAGAUGGGAACAGGAAUAUGCAAGAACUUGAAGUACAAAUUGAUGAAGCGGGGGAACCUGUUUUGGUUGAUGAAAGAAGUCAAGAUGUUGUGUCAGUCUGUGCUAAAAGGGCUAGUAGUGUAAAGGAGUCAGUUUUUGCAACUGAAGCAAGACAGCAUGGAGCAUGUAGUCAUAUUGAAGAUGAAGAUAUAAACAUCACAUUUAGUAAUGAAUCUGAGUUCGAAUCUGCAGACUUGAAUUGCAGUGGACCCUCUUAUGAUUCCAUAAAUGUUGAAACUUCUGUUCGUGCAGUAGAUGAUAGUACCUCUGCAUUAGAAGGAAACAUAAAUGAGGAAUUUGAUUCACAUGAUGCUUUGGAUGAAGAAUCUCAAGUGUCGGUAACUGAGAUUGAGGAAAGUAUCAGGCAGAAUGUAAAUAAUGUUGCAUUUACUGAAAGAGACUCUGAUCAAUCAUUUCCUGGACCAUCUGGUGACAAUGUUGAAGAGCAAGACCAGAUGCAAGAAACUCAUGACUGGCCGAGCCAUGAUUUUCAAGAGGCUAUUGACAGUUGGCUAGACAUGCCUUAUAGUGAGGCCGGAGAAUCUGUUAGAGAAGUUGACACAACUUAUUUUCCUGAUGAUGGUAAUGCUAAUAGUAUGGAACUACGGGAACUUUACAGCCGGAGACGUGUAUCUAGUCUUCUUGAUAGCAGUUUCCGUGAGAGCCUGAAUCAGGUGUUACUGUCUCAUGUUGAAAGGCUGGAGAAUGCAUCCUAUCCUCAAUCUGAGGAAGACCCUGAACAGCUAGAUCAUGAGCAAUCUCUGGCUCCAUCUGAAAGUGCGGAGAGAAACCCAUUUAUGCAGUCUUCAACGCUUUUUGAGGCAUCACAACAACUUUGGAAUGAUGAUUUGGAGGCUACAGAUUCGGCACGCCAUUACUUAAAUCAGCAGUUUGGAACAGAAUGGGAGGUCAUCAACGAGUUAAGAAUGGACAUGGCUAGGCUUCAACAAGGGUUGAACAAUAUGCAAGGUAUGCUGGAAGCUUGCAUAGAUAUGCAAAUAGAGUUGCAGCGGUCGUUUCAUCAAGAGGUCUCUGCAGCUUUAAAUAGGCCAGUCUCUUCAGGAGAUGUAGCCAAGGACAACCAGGUUCAUGAUGAAUCUCAAUGGGAUCAUGUCAAGAGAGGAAUUUGCUGCCUAUGUGAGCACAGUAAAAUUGACUCCUUGUUCUACAGAUGUGGGCACAUGUGCACCUGUACAAAUUGUGCAGAAAAUCUGGUCCAGUCUAAGGGAAAGUGUCCAAUGUGUUGUGCCCCGGCAGUAGAGGCUGUCUGCGCCUACUUCGCCCGGUAACGAAAAGGAAACUCAAGAUGCAUGUAUAAACUGCAAAGGAUUUGAAUCGCGCAAAUCUUUCCUGGACUUGCAGACGAUUUUGAAGAAUUACAAGGUCGGGUCAUCCAUGAGGCGGUUCAGCUGGUUAUUCCAGCUCCCUUCAGUUGAGGCUCCAAAUACAUUUCCUCCUACAUUUGUAUACUUAUUACUCCAUAUGAAAUCAGUUUAAUCAUUAUUUAUC